GAUAACACUCCGCUCUCGUCUAACUCCCUUUACUCCCCACCAAUAAUUCCCCUUAGAUUCUCGGUGGGCUAGCUCCUCCAUACGCCAAGGGGAGAAAUUCCCCAACCAGUGCCGACGCUGAUGGCCAAGAGUAACCGAUCGAUGGGGGGAUUGGCAGAACAGUUGGGAGGAUGGGAGGUGCAGAUCCUGCUGCUUUCAAGCUUACUGCUGCAAGUGCUCCUGCUCGUCUUCACCGAGUGGCGCCGGCGUGCAUCCCGCUGGGCUCGACUGUCUGCCGCGCUGAAUGGCAUCAUGUGGCUGCUAUACCUGCUGGCCGACUCGGUGGCGAUCUACGUGUUGGGGCACAUGGCGCUGAGCUGCAAGCCACGCGAGCAGCAGCAGCUCAUGGCGUUCUGGGCGUCCUUACUGCUGGUGCACCUCGGCGGACAGGACACCAUCACCGCCUACGCCAUGGAGGACAACGAUCUCUGGCUGCGGCACUUGCUAACCCUGGUGGUGCAGGCCGCCGGGGCGGCCUACGUGCUGUACAAGUACGUCGGUCGCGGGGCCUUACUCGCCGCGUCACUGCUGAUGUUCAUGGUGGGCGUCGUCAAGUACGGGGAGAGGAUAUACGCCCUCAAGUCCUCUGGCCUUGACAGCAUCAGGAAGUUCCUCGACGGCUUUGAGGUGCCGGUACCGGAACGUGACAAGCCGUACCAAGACAUGGCUUCUCCGGAUGACCCGGAGGAGGUCCUGCAGGGAGCCCACGACCUUCUCCAUAUCUGCAUGGGUCAGUUGGUCGACUACAGGGUCUGGCCGUCCCUGUUCCAGACCAGAGCCAUAGCGGCGUAUCAUGGUGGUACCAAUCCUAAAGCUGGGCGCAGCAUGUUGACACAGCUGGUUGGGAUGCAGCUCUCUCUGAUGCGGGACAUUCUCUACACCAAGGCCCUGGUGAUUGGAGCUUGGUACGGAUGCCUGUCUCGUACUGCCUCCAUUGCCGCCACCGUCGUGGCGUUCUGCCUCUUCCGUGAGCACAGUUCCGCUAUGGGUGGUGGCAGAGGUUACAGCAGGCGGGACAUGGUCGUCACCUACACCUUGUUGGGUGGGGCAUUCGUCUUGGAGGUUGUAUCCCUGCUGAGGACCAUAUUGUCUACAUGGACAUGUGCCUCGUUAAGAGCUUCAUCGUGUUCCGUCUUCAUACAACUACACGAGGCCGUGUUGCGUGUCCGCCGGGGUGCCAAGGAAGCAGAGGGAUGCAGGAAGUGGCCGGCCUCCAUCGGGCAGCAUGACAUUUUUGAGCUGCACAGCUAUCGCAAGAGGAGCACAUGCUACUUGUUGAUGGACUGUUUGCGGCUUGAGCAACGGUGGAUCAGGCUGCGUUUCUUCGGCUCUGUCAUUAUGUCACGCGAUGUGGAGGACAUGGUGGUGUCCCACAUAGAGCAUAUGGUUCAAGACUAUGUAAAAAAGAACCACAACCGCACCCAGAGUGGCCUUGGACAGCUCGUGCUAGGCGGAUGGGGCAAGGAUGGUGCUGGCGGUUCAUUAUACGCCAGUGUGGCCGGAUUGGACCAGGCUGGUUUUGACGGCAGCAUACUCGCUUGGCACUAUGCCACCGACGCCUUUCUCUGGAAAUGCAAUUUGGAUAAGCCGACUAGACCCGACAUGACCCGUGAAGAGAGGAGACGGCAAAAGAGCCUCGUCAAAACCAUCCGCACACUGUCAAGAUACAUGGUGUUCCUUCUUGUGGAGCGGCCUCACUUGUUGCCAAGCCCUGUUCGCCGAAGCCAGUACGAUAGCUUUUGCUCCAACUUCCAUGGGUUUAUGGAUAACCGGCGAGGGCAGCAAGGACCAUACGACAAUCAACCAGAAGUACAACUUGCAUAUAAAGUGCUGAAUCGGUGCAACAAUCGUCGCGGUGUUGAGAGGGUGUUGCGACUCAUCGCACGGGUGUGGGUGGAGAUGUUGUGCUACGCCGCCAGCCACUGCAGCAAUGACUCACAUGCCAGGCAGCUCAGCAGCAGCACUGAGUUCAUCACGAUAACCUGGAUUCUCACCACAGCCUUGUACUACAAUUGGUGUCACCACAAGGACCCCCGGCGGUUUACGGACAUUGCAAGCCGCUUUUUGGAGAGGCACGAAAGGCAUAGAAAUUCAAGGAAACGACUGUGGUCAACCAUAAUGGCCUUGAUAAGAAGGCUAGUAUCGCGUGAGAGACCCUUGUAAAUGCACUUUUGUGCUGUAUCGUAGGACUCCAUGUUUCUCUGUGGUGCAAAUAAGUACUAUGAGUUGAUUAUUUGACAAGUUCAGAUUGGUAAGCCCA